AUGAAUAGUACUAGUACUGGCACAGAUUCCAGACAGAGUCCCAAUCCCAUCGUCUUCUUCGAUGUCGCUCUUGGUGGAGAACCCCUCGGUCGCGUCAAGUUUGAGCUUUUUGCGGACGUGACACCGCGGACUGCAGAGAACUUUCGUCAGUUUUGCACUGGAGAAACCAAGAAUCACCAAGGUCGGCCGCUUGGCUAUAAAGGGAGCAAGUUUCACAGAGUUAUAAAGGAUUUCAUGAUCCAAGGAGGUGAUUUUAUCAAUGGCGAUGGGACAGGUUCAGCUACCAUUUACGGGACCCCCAAGUUCGCAGACGAAAAUUUCAUUCUCAAGCAUGACCGUCCAGGCUUGCUAAGCAUGGCUAAUUCGGGGCCGAAUACAAAUGGAAGCCAGUUCUUCAUUACCACAACCGCAACCCCAUUCCUGAACGGCAAACACGUUGUUUUCGGCCAAGUCUCUGAAGGGAUGGACAUUGUGCGAAUGAUUGAGAACACUCGAACCACGAGAGAUAAACCAAACCAAGAUGUCACCAUCAUCCAAUGUGGAGAGAUGUAA